GUGGCAAUGAAACUGACAAAACCCCGAGCAGAAGGGCAGACAUCUCCAGUUCUGGGCGCAUCUUCAGGCUGUCUGCUGCCGGAACCCGGAACGAUGUCCCAGUCCGUCCACAGGCUAACCUGACGGAGCUGAAAGAUCAUUAGAGACUGUUGGCUCUUCUGCGCAGCAACGAAAGGUUGUCAGAGGUGGUGGCCAUGUCUGAAGAAGACACCAACAAGGAAAGUCCGCCGAAUGAGUGUCCCGUCUGCUAUGAGCGGCUCCAAGCCCCUUCUAUUUCAGAGAGGAGGCUGAGCUGCGGUCAUUCCUUCUGCCACGAUUGUCUGGUGAAGUAUCUUCUCACCGCCAAAAAGGAAGGGACCAUAAAAAAGAACAUAAUAUGUCCUCUCUGCCGCUAUGUGACGUUCCUCAGCAAGAGAGGACUCAUUUUGCCUCCAAAUCCUGGAGAACUUCACCAGAUCUUGGAAGUUCCUCUUAGUCCGUCAUGCCCAAGGCAUUCCAUUGACCUUGGGACACCAGACACAUUGGUGAUCUCCACCUCGGGGAUACCCGAGGCCAACAAUCAUCAGGACCUUCCCACGUGCACGUGUCACGUGGACCCCGAGGGGAUGAGCCACUCUUGCGGCUCUCAGAUCUUUAUUAUCAGCGAGCAAGGGCAACCGUUGGACGCUGAGGAGGUGGUCACUCCUCAAACAGUUCAUCAUAUGGACGCCAGGGUCAGCUGUUGCCGAUCACCCUCGUUAGUAAUUAUCCUCUUAUUGAUAUUCCUGGUGGCCGUCCUAGCUGCUGUUCUUCCAUGGAUAUUAUUGGGUAGAAAGACUUGACCAGGACUGGUCCGAUGGCCAAAAAAAGGAGCAACAGGUCUUGUUGUUUUGAUGUCUUCCCAAUAAACUAACAA